AUGUUUCCCUACACAAAUCAAAAGCUGCUCCGAAGCCGAAGUCCCUCUGGCCAAAAUUCGCCGCGACUGCGUCGAAUCUACCCAUCGAGAAUCCCACUGUGGAGCUCCCCGAGCUAUUCGCCGACAAGCUUUCCCAGGAGACUACCGGGCAGAGGCUCGGGACGGAGCACUCGCAGCCCAUCACGAAACCAGGGCGAGUACCGAAGACCCGGUGCCACGUCAACGGCCGAUAAGGGACUGCCAACAGACCCAAGCACCUGUAGCUCCAGUCCGGAGGCCGGUCAUGGGCGAGGUCGCUGCCCGGCGGCGUGCUCCAAGCGCCGCCGCAUCGUGAUUGGCAAACUGGUGGACUUUGAGCGACGCAUCAGUCGAGUGCCCUUCAUGCAAACAGCAAGGGCAGCCAGCCUGCCGCUUACGCUAUCUCCCAGGGGACGGCGCCACACAAAGGACAAGGACAGCGGCACCGCCAUAGCCACCGCCGCCACAAUGAUCGUGCUGGUCACACUACUCACGCUACUCUUCUUCCUUAUGCCUUCGAAAUCACGCUCACAGGAGCAGAUGCAAGGCCGUGAGACGCUAUGCCGCACUGUGGGCUGUCGCUACUACGCCGAAAUCUUGGCGGGCGCGGUAAACGCCACUAUAAACCCUUGCGAUGACUUCGAGGCGUACGCCUGCUCGAACUGGGCCCCUCUCGCGCACCCUUACAGCUACGGCACGGCUUCCAUGAGCAGUGCUAUGGCUGCCUGGUACGAGAGCUUCCGCAACAUCUUUCUCGACGGUUCACGUCGGGAGCACUUUUUCAGGAAGGUGGACGCCGCGUUCGCAUCUUGCAUGCUCACCAGUCCCGAGGACUCGAGGAGGGGCAUCAGCGAGCUGAAGGCAUUCAUGCGCCAGCUGAGAAUUUCUUGGCCGGACGCACCGCUGGCAAAAGUAGACCCCUUGGGUGUUCUCUUAGACUUGUCGCUCAACUGGCGUCUAGACAUUUGGUUCUCCGCGGCGCUUCACCGAUGUCCGUACGGCUGUGCGCCAAGUGGAGGCGGUAGACACAUCUUGUUCGAUCCCACAAGCUUCUUCACCGUCCGUGUAAAGAUGCAGCGAGACCUGUCUGCUUUGAAAUCUUACAUGACCUAUUGGAAUAGAUUUAGUAAUGCGUUCUUUUCUCCUGGUUUUCCGGAGCGGUCCGAGGAAUACAUCAACCGGAUCGCCGUGAUAGAGAGGAGUGUGUUUAAUAGGUUUAUCCUUGUCGGCAAGAAGACUGCCGUUCAGCCAGUGCAAUUCGAACUCGGCAGCAUACAUUACGUGACGCCCAACAUACCGGAAUCACGCUGGAUUGACCAACUCAACAGUAAUGUGAAUCGUUUCGGUGAUUUCCACCGUAAUGACAGGGUGACCCUAUGGGACAGAGAUUUGAUUUACGCUGUGAAUGAAAUGUUCGCCAAUUACACAAGAGUGGAGUUGCUGGAACACAUAGCUUGGACUUUUGUGCAGAAUUUCGGCCCACUCGCAGAUCGAGAGCUUCUCUUGACGCAGUACGGAGACAAGAGGGCAGCGGCUGAGUACCGGCACAUCUUUUGCGCCACGCAGGUGGAAAUUGCCUACCAGCGACUGUUCACGUCAACGUACACCAGGGAUCACUUUACUACCCGUACACGAAACGGCAUCGACACGCUCCUGGCCAGCGUGGCGCAAUCGGCUGUCGAUAAGAUUUCCAGCGUGGCCUGGGCUGAUGAAGCUUCGAAGCAAGCACUCGUCGAUCACGUCCGAAACGUCACGGUGGAGCUUUGGCCAGGCAGCGAGUUCUUAUCCGACAAGUCAAUAGAUAAGUUUGAACAACUCCUUUUCGCAGACGAAAACGACCUUUUCGCUCAGCAGUGGAUUUGGGCCAUGAAAACAUGGCGCCGACUCCAAGAUGGUCCUGCGUACAAUGACACCGUUGAAAGUCCGCGUAACUACGCGCUUCCGUACUUCAAGUACACGCACGUUCUCAACAGCGUGUCGAUAUCCCUGGCCGCGUUCUCCAGGCCGUGGUACUACGCCGACGGCACCAAGGUCAUGGCGUACGGCACUGUAGGCUUCUCCUUCGCCCGCGAACUUGCGAGGUCUUUCGAUCCGUUCACGGUGCCGGUAGAUUUGUUCGGACGAACCGCACUGUUCCAGCCGGCAACCGCUUGGACGGCGGGAUCUAGGCGCAGAGCUUCGUGCCUCAGUCCUUUUCACAGUACGCCGUUUCCCGAGAUACCGGCUUUGGAGUUUACUUACCAAGCUUAUAAGGACUCGGUCGCCAGCACAAAUGACAGCGAACGGAGAGUGUCGAGCUCGAUCAGCGACGAACAGCUCUUUUUCCUCUCCGCCUGUUUCACGAUGUGCAACCUCCCUGAAACCAUGGACUCUUAUCGCUUGCGCUGCAAUAAGGCGGUGUCGAACUUUGCCCCCUUUGCGCAUGCUUUCGGCUGCCAGGAUGGGGCAAGAAUGAGCCCACCCAUUAAGUGCUCCUAUUUGGACUGCACUUCGACGACCAUAUGCACGCAUUUAUAA